AUGUUAACUGGUCGCUGUCAGCUUCUGAUGUCCGAUCUGGUUGUGGUUCUCAUUCUGAAGAUUCCCGUCCCCACUGCGGAGUUGCUCGAACCAUUGGUCAUUGAAGUUGAGUGUCAAGUGACCGAAAUGAAGGAUUUUUGUUUUUUCGAGACGAUAAAGCAGUUGAAACUGAGAUUUGGUGCUGUUUUAAAAGGUGACAUUAGUUUGGAGGAUAAAGAAGGAAGAGGUCGGCCAUCGGAUUUUGAUGAUCAAGCACUUCUGACAGCCGUGGAAGAGGAUGAAAGCCUGACAACGCGAAUGCUGGCUGAAGACUUCAAUGUCAAUCAAUCAUCAAUCAGCGAUCGUUCGACGCCUGAAGAAGCUUGGAAAGCGAAACGAACAAACAAGAAGAAUCUUGUCACUGGGGAUGAGUCAUGGCUUCUCUUCAAUAACGUUGAAAGAAAGAAGAUCUGCGUUUCGCCAGGUGUUUCCCCCAAAGGAAUACCAAAAGACGUGCAUUGCGAAAAGACCGCGCAAAAAAAAAACCACAUCGCGUUCCAUCACGACAACGCCCGUCCACAUGUUGACCGCCGUGUAAUCGAAUCCAUCGCCAAUAAGGGAUGGGAUCUGCUCCCACAUCCGCCGUACUCACCGACAGAAGCACCAACGGACUAUCAUGUCAAUCGCUCUUUGAAAAAUUGGCAAACAAACAAAGUCUACGACGACUUGGAUGACUUGGUGGCUGAUGUCAAAGCCUCCAAGAAUCGUGACCUUUUCGCACGUGGAAUCGACCGACUGCAAAGCAAAUGGGAAGCAGUUCUUGAAGUGGAUGGUGACUAUGCUCUCGAAUGA